UUGAAUAAUUCGUUUCAAGGUGAUAGGAAAGAAGCGUUGGAGUAUGCAUCGCUUUUCCGACAGACAGCGCAGCAGAGCGGCAGCCAUUCACAGAUCCAACUUUCAUUGCAUGUUACUGGAUGGGUAUACGAGAAAUUGAACAUGCAGCAGUCACACAAUACAGCUGAUCUCGAGGAGGCACUAUCAUGGUGUUUGAAGAGCGUAGACUACAUCAAGAAAUUCGGGCACAGAAUCGACACUGAUAAAAAAGCCGUCAGAGUGGGUGGCGAUUCUGCCAGGAGAAAAGCAGGUCUGGAACGGCUGUGUUCAGGCCUUUGUGCGAAUCUGCAACGUAAAAGUGAAGCCGAAAAAUAUUGGAAUUCUGCAUAUUCGUACGCGAAAAGAACUCACGACGCAGAUUUGGAGUAUCAACUUUUACUUGCUCGAAUAGAUUUUUCUUGGGAAUCGCCGGUUAAUAAUGCUCAAAGGCUUGUUAAUUUUGCUCCUACAAAAAAGAAAGGUUAUGCUCUAAUGGAGCUGGCUCAGGUCCUGAUGUAUGCUGGAGAUUUUCUAAACGCACAAAACGCUUUGUUCGAGUGUCUCCUUCAUCACAGAUCAUCGCUCAUGGCCGAUGAUGCUGAUUUACUCAACGCUCGCGUAGUAUUUUUAUACAAGUAUUUUUAUCGACUCGAUCGCUCCAAGAGUUCUGAUUGCGAUCGCAGAGAGCGGCGACGUAUGUACGAGCUUAUAGCAGAUUCCUUCUGUUCCUAUGGGGGCGAGAGAAGAGAAAUAUUCGAGCAUGCAUUGAAAUUCUACAAAAUGAUGUUUCACCUGUCAGACAAGGAAAAGUUCAGUGCUGCCAUCUCAGUAGCGCAAACUUUGAUGGAUUUAGAGGACUUUGACGAAGCUUUGGAAUGGUUUGAGAAAGCGUUAUGUUUUGAAAAGAAAUUGGGAAGGUCCGAAAUCAAACUAUGUGAAACCCGGGCACUAAUCUUCAAAGCGAAAGCUUCCCGUAAAAAUACAGCGAAGACAUCACUUAUGGGAGAAUUUGACGCGUUAAAUUCUGAUAUACCGGAUGAAUGCCCUUCUCUCAAGGCUACGAUCUACGAAGCGAUGGGACGCUACCUCGCGUCGCAAAGAGACGAGAAUGCCGCCGUAUAUCUUGCGCGAGCCAAACAACUUGGAAGUGAAGCGGAUAUCGAAGAAAGCGGGGAAGAUGACGACGAAGAAGAUAUCGACGACGAUUUAGAAUCGAGGCCCGACAAAGCAAUUCUGUCGGAAUGCAUGGAGAUGGCUCGUUUACGCAACAGCGAUCGAGAAAUCGAGAAAGACCGUGACAAGGAGAAAAACGCUCAUGGAGAAACUCGUCUGCACAUUGCUGCUCGAAGUAAUGACUCGGCAAUGGUGGACAAACUUAUUGCAGCGGGUUACGAUGUGAACAAGCGUGAUUAUGGCGGCUGGACUCCAAUAAGUGAAGCGGUUUCUGCUGGAAUGCGAGACAAUGUGAGAGCGUUGCUCAAAGCAGGCGCUAAGGUUGAUCCUGUUAGCACAGAAGUGCUCAAUGACGACGAAAACUCGACUGGAGGCGGUAUAACUCCUUUGAUGGAGGCAUGCGACAAGGGUUUUAUCGAAAUCAUCAAAGAUUUGCUGAGAUGUGGAGCAUCGGUCGUCAAAAAGAAUGCCGAUGGUUGGACCGCUGUUGAUUUCUUGAGAAAUUUCAUUGUCAGCUGUGACAGUGAAGAUGAUAAAUACCUGAAGGAAUUGAUUUCUCUAGCUGAGUCCAUGGAAGAACAACAGCGAAAACAGUCGUUCCCUGUUCGUGGUUGUGCGCCAAUACGGCAAAAGACAUCGAGAACAAGGCCGGUGACGAAGUCAUCGCAACCGAAGUCGCGUGCUACAGAUGAAACUAUCGAUUUGACAAGUUACAAGCGCGUGAUGGGUGGACUUGGAGCUCAGUCGAAGAAAAGCGCAAGAACGCCUCGAUUGCAUAACGAAGAAUCCCUGUUUUAUGAAGAAGAUGAAGUUUCGUUCAAUCCAUCGUUUGAUGAUGAGAUAGUUCUCCCUAGUGAUUGUGAAGACGUGGAGAGAAGCGUUGGUAGAUAUUCGAUGAGCAGACGCAGUUUUUCUCCCUUGCCAACAGCCGCUUCGACUGCAUCCUCACCGUUGAAGGAAAGAAGAAAUGAGAGUUUUUCUGCUGUCAAUUCUUUCGAUGGCGAUUUCCUGGUAAACGAUCUGGAGGAGAAGAGACGACGGAAAAGGAAAAGUUGCAACUCGUCCAGUAUUUCCACUGAGAGAGCUAAGCGACCAUCAAGAGUUGCAGAGUAUAAGUCUACCUCUCGUACACAAGUUCCUUCGCCCGCCUACGAGAUAUCUCCG